UUUUGGGACAGACUCUCGACAAUUCCGCUUAUCCGCUCGGCCCUGGAAGAACUCGACCGACGGAAUCGUGCACGACCUGCCUUUUCGCCUCCGCCGCCGCCAACAGGGUCCGCUCAGAACCUCGCUCGAUUUGCACGCCACGGCGGGCCAGAUCUGUGUGAUCUUCGAGGGUAUCCCGCUCCUGUAGUAAGGGAUCACCAAACCGCCAGCGCCAUGAGCUCCUCGUCCCGAAGCCGAGCAACCAAAUCUACCGAUCCAACAACGGUCACGACCAAGUCAGGGACGACCAAGAGUAGGAAGUCAUCCACUUACAAUCCUGGAUUCGAUCAGCAUUUGAUCGACCAUGGUAUUCAUACUACCUGGAACUCGCAAGAGAUAGACUUGGAUACUGUCUACACUAUACUUGCAAAACCACGACCAUCUUUAUCGCCCUCCCAGAUCUCUGAUGAUACAUUCAAGAUCUUCUGCAAAACCAAUGCCCAGGCAAAGGAUGAAGAUGAUGUGUGCAAAUACGUUCUUCCUACCAUUACUGGCCCUCGGGAAGACAAUUAUCCCUCCACUGCGAAUAUGGCUUUCGGGAAUCUGGCACCGCUCACUGACGGGACCAUAGUAGCAGCCAAGCCAGACAUCGCUCUAGGAGCCCUCCCUGAACAACUCAACCCAACUAUUCGCAGCGAGCUCCAACACCACAUUAUCCCUUCCACUUCGACGGAUCGAUUGAUAGCGCCCAACUUCUUUCUGGAGGCGAAGGGCCCGGACGGAUCUGCGGCAGUGAUGAUGCGACAGGCUCGCUACGACGGAGCAGUCGGAGCCCGCGCUAUGCACAGCCUGCAGAACUAUGGUCGAGAGGAGCCCGUAUACGACGGCCAUGCCUACACCUACAGCUCGACCUAUCACAAUAGCCAGCUCCAGCUAUUCGCCCACCAUGCUACUGCGCCCGCAACAUCAGAAGGCCAGCCCGAGUAUCACAUGAACAAGAUCAGGGGAUUCGAUAUGACAGAUACACAGGAAACCUUUAUCCAAGGAGCUACUGCAUACAGAAACGCGAGAGAUCUGGCGAAGCAGCAUCGAGAUACUUUCAUCCAGGAUGCGAACGCUAGGUAC